AUGGUUUUGGAUUCUUAUAUGAAAUUUGGCUUCUUGGGUUAUGCUGCUCAUAAGCUGUUCGAUGAAAUGCCUCAUAGAGACUCCGUGUCUUGGAACACGAGCUUUGGGAGAUUGGAGGAUGCGUGGAGUUUGUUUAAAUGUAUGAGAAGAUCUGAGUGUAUUGUUGAUGGGUAUAGUUUUAGUAAACUGUUGAAAGGGAUUGCUUUAGCGAAAAGGCUUGAUCUUGGGGAGCAAGUGCAUUCUUUGGUUGUAAAAGGAGGUGGUUAUGAGUGUAAUGUGUUUGUUGGAAGUGCGCUUGUUGAUAUGUACGCGAAAGUUCGAGAUAUUAAGACUGCUUUUUGUUUGUUGGGUUCUAUGGAGAUGAAAGCUGCUAUGACUAUGGACGAUGUUCAUCAUGCUAAGGUUUUGAAACUCGGGCUUGAACACGAGAUUACUAUAUGCAAUGCGAUGAUCAGGUCUUAUGCAGAUUAUGGUUCAGUAUCAGAUGUGAAGAGAGUUUUUGAUGGUUUGGGUGGCAUAAAAGACUUGAUUUCUUGGAACUCGAUGCUCACAGGUUUCUCUAAACAUGAGCUAAAGGAAUCUGCUUCUGGACUGUUUAUUGAAAUGCAAAGGACUUUGAUAGAAGCUGACAUUUAUACUUACACUGGCAUAUUAAGUGCUUGCUCUGGAGAAGAAGAUCAAAUGUUCGGAAAGUCCUUGCAUGGUUUGGUGAUAAAGAUGGGACUGGAACAAGUAACUUCUGUCUCAAAUGCAUUGGUCUCUAUGUAUAUUCAGUGA